AUGUCAUCUGCUGCUAACUGCUGUACUGUUGGCUUGGAUUUCAAAAUAAAAACACUAAUCAAACAGACCAACAAUGAUGCCAACAAACAGUCUAUACGUUUGCAGAUCUGGGAUAUGGGCGGUCAGGACUGUUUCCGUACGAUUACCAGUUUAUACUAUCGUAAAGCUAGCGGUUGUCUACUAAUAGAUAAUGCACCCGAUAGGGCACAGGUAGUACUGGUUGGCAAUAAAUGUGAUAUCAGUGAUGGUAGUGAUGAUGACAACCAACAACAACAGCAACCUAAGCGAGUGAUCAGCUAUGAAAUGGACUGA